AAGAGCAAGUGUUAGUAUGGAUUUUCCAUGCACGACAUCGAUCCCCAUUAAUUAUUUCAUCUUUUUCAUCUCUCUUUUUUUUCUCUCUCUCUCAUCACUUAUAGAGUCUCAUCUCCUAAUUUAAAGUUCAAAAACUUAUUAGAAGAAUAUAUAUAUAACAAUGGUGUCUAAAGUGGAAGAAGCCACGAAGAAGAGACAAUUGGCUCAACAAGAUCAGCAGCAGCACCAGAAGCAGAUGCAGUGUAACAAAGGAAAAGUUGUCAAGUUCAAGAGAAGCAGCUCUAAUCUUGAAGACGACGGCGUUUCAUCGGCCAUUCUCUUGCUUGCUUGCAUAGCUUGUACUCCUUCAUAUCCUUAUUAAUUAAUUAGAAUUAGAAAUACAUAUAGUUCUAUAAUUAAUUAAGUGAUGUUUUAGCUAGAAAAGUACUACUUAUUGUCAGUUUUUCCUCUUUAUAUAUAUGUACUCUUUAUUAUUAGCAUGUAGUAAUACUAUGAUCAUAAGUAUUUUCAUUAUUAUCUAUAGUAUCCAAACUCUUUUUUUUUUCUUCUUGUUGUAUGUGUUUGAAUUUACGUAACCACAUUCGUAAUUUUUCUUAUUCACUCAAUAUAAUUUGAUUAUAUUAAAAUGUA